UCAGAUUUUUGUUCCUGUAUUGGACGAUGACCAUUGGUGGUGUGCUGCAUUUGAGUUGAAGGAGAAGACCAUAUGGUUCAUGGAUACUAUGUACCCCAACCCCGAAGAGAAGCAUAAGUCUAUUCUGAAAAAUAUGAUCCCGGCCAUCGACACGAUGUUAAAUGUCCAUGACCCCCAGUGGGAACUAGGCACAAUGGGUAGUUGGGGAAGACAACUAGUCGAGCUUAUGAACAACACCGACAAUCAUAGCUGCGGCGUACUAAUGUUGGGAUGGAUAAAGUCAUCGGCCGCUCGUAUCGUAUCAAGAUAUGGAAUGGUAAGUGGCUUUGUAUUUAGCCCUCAUAUAUAUAUGGUAGCCUACAAACUAUUGCUCCUUAUUACCAUUCAUUCAUCGUUGUAG